AUGACUACCGACACGAGAUGGAAGGGGCUUGCGCGCGCCAAACAGCAGGCUAUCCUCGACGCAAUCCCAGCCAAAUGGAGAAUUCAAGAACCCAUACCGCCUGCUGCCGAUCUGCGAGACUGUACAGGAACCUACAUCCAGCAGUUCUUGACUCCGCGGGAAAUCGAGAUGACUGAGUCGGAUGCUGUGUCCAUCACGCAGCAUACCACUGUGGGCUUAUGGAGCGCAGUAGACGUGACCGAGGCUUUCUGUCACAGAGCCGCGAUUGCCCACCAGCUAGUAAACUGCCUCCAUGAGAUAUUCUUUGACGAGGCUAUUGCCGCAGCGGGCGUGCUUGACCAGUAUUUUGCGCAGCACAAGAAGCCUGUCGGUCCCUUGCAUGGACUCCCAGUGAGUCUGAAGGACCAGUUCCACGUCAGAGGAGUCGAAACGACAAUGGGCUAUGUCGGAUGGAUCGACACUUUCGAGGGCGUCAAAGGCGAUGCGCGUGCACGCACCUUUGAGAGCGAACUCGUCAAGGAGCUGCGCAAUCUCGGGGCGGUACUCUUCUGCAAGACCAGCGUGCCUACGACGCUCAUGGCCGGCGAAACCGCCAACAACAUCAUCGGCUACACGUGGAAUCCCAAAAACCGCCAUCUAUCCAGCGGGGGCAGCUCCGGCGGCGAAGGCGCGCUGAUUGCGCUUCGAGGAUCGCCUGCUGGCUUUGGCACAGAUAUAGGAGGCAGCAUUCGUGUCCCGGCCGCUUUCAAUGGCAUCUUUGGUCUGCGGCCAUCCUCGGGACGGCUACCAUAUGAAGGUGUGGCAAACUCCAUGGAUGGCCAGAACAUUAUCCUGUCUGUUGUUGGGCCUAUGGCCACGAGUGCUCGUUCUCUAAAGUUACUUACCAAGGCCGUUUUGACGCAAAGCCCGUGGAAGUACGAUCCGCUGGUUCAUGAGCUGCCAUGGCGGAGCUCGGCCGAGAGGACUGUUCAGGAACUCAUCGACGGAGACCCUUGUGCACUCACUUUUGGGGUUAUGCAUCAUGAUGAUAUUGUACUGCCCCAGCCGCCGGUUAGAAGGGCCAUGCACUUAAUUGAGCGUGUGCUAAGGCGACGAGGCCAUCAGAUUGUCAAUUGGCGUCCGCCACCUCACGAUAUCUGCCUUGCUAUUGCGAGACAAACUUUCCAGUCAGAUGGAGGGGAAGAUGUACAGGCUCAUCUUGAUCUCUCAGGCGAGCCACCAUUGCCACAGUGUCUCAUCUCAAAGUCAGACAGCUUAAACGCCCGGCAAAUAGCAGCACUCAACGUCCGGAAGCGUCAAUGCCAAAAGUCCCAUCUUGAUUACUGGAACUCGACUUCCAAACUGACUUCAAGCGGACGCCCGGUCGAUGCCAUCAUAUGUCCCACCGCACCUCACGCAGCCGUCGUUCCAGGACAGUUCCGCUACAUCGGAUACACCAGCUUUGUGAAUACUCUUGACCUUACUAGUGUGGUGAUACCCGCCACGUAUGCCAGCAAGUUGCUGGACCGACCUGAGCCUCGGGACCCUGCAAGCUUCAUGAGUCACGAGGAUAUGGAGAUACAUUCUGAUUACGACCCUUUGAUUUAUGAUGGUGCACCAGUGGGAGUUCAAUUGAUUGGCCGCCGUUUAGAAGAGGAGAAGAUUCUUUGUCUCGCAGAGUAUAUUCAAGCAUUCUGUGUUGAGCCAUUCAUGUCUGCUGAGAAAACACAGGUUUGGGGUUGCUAG